AUGGCGCAACACAGCAACAUGACUCAACCGGAAGACUGGGGUGACUACAUCUCAGAAGAGUACGAGGAAUACGUUACCGGUGCCACAGAGGGAUUUGACGCCUACGUCGUGCGCGUAGGUCCUCCCGGGCCGCCUUGUUACCCUGUGACAAUCGGCGAGAUCAUACAAGGCGGUGGCAAGUCAUACCGCAUAGAGCACAAGCUUGGUUUCGGAGCAUACUCAACCAUAUGGCUUGCAUAUGAAAUUGAGACCAACACAUCGGUCGCCCUUAAGAUCCAUCGCACCCUUACGACAGCAGGUCAGGCUGAGAGUCAGAUUCACCAGGACCUACAACGGCUGAUAACGGACCCCAGCGAUUGCCACUUACUAAUCGCCACCUCGACCUUCUCCCUUCCUGGCCAAUUCCCUGAUGAUACCCAUGUAGUAGUGGUCCUACCGGUAAUGGGGCCGCCCCUUGAUAUACGUAUGCGUCCGCCGGUCUAUCGUCCGGAUUCAUCAACAAGACUUCGUAUGGCCAGGGAUAUUCUUCAAGCAGUAGCCUUCUUACAUCGUCACAAAUUCAUUCAUCGAGAUAUCACCGACCGCAACGUGAUGGUCAGCCUCGUCCCUGGUGCUUUUGACCAAGGACCAACACCAACCGAGCGUUACAAACAAGUCGGUCGGCCAGAGAAGUUCCCAAUGCCAGUGAGCGAUAUGAUAUGGCGGCCUGGUGAUCUUGUUUCGUCCAUAGAGUGGCCGUGGAGCAUGGUUGGCAAGACUGCCUUCCUAGGCGACUUCGGGUUAACAAGGCAUAUCGACUCUCCAGCGACCGACCACGCGCUCCCACCAUUUCAUUGCUGCCCGCCAGAGCUCUUCCACGAGGGCUUCGAGCCCACCUACGAGUCCGACAUGUGGGGGUUUAUGUGUGUCUUUACCACCCUGAUGACCGCCUUCAGCCCGUUCGACACGUACGAUAAAUCUGGCACCCUGGGCAGCAUGUUCGACAUGCUUGGACCUCUGCCUCAGGAGUGGAAAGGCCGUUACAGGUGGCCGAAUCAUUAUCCUGAAGAGGAGCGCAGCAAGUGGUACGACGACUCGAGGGUCCCCGAGGACUCGCUUGAGGGCUUAUUGGGGCGUACCAGAGAGGACCUUGGGCCACGGGAGCGAGAACUGAUAUUGGACGUGAUGCACAAGGGUUUUCGAUAUCAGCCCUCGCAGAGGAUCGGCGCCCAGCAGCUCUUGGAUGACGAUUCGUUUCGGGAGCUCAUGUCGAUCCAUGGGAUCAAAUAA